AUGCCGUCACCAACAAAUGCCGUCACCAACAAAUGCCGUCACAAACGAACGCCAUCACCAACAAAUGCUAUCACUAACAAAUCACCAUCACCAACAAAUACCGAAUCUAGCAAACGACAACUCCAAAAUGUAGCAACACCAAUAAAUAUCUAUAAAUGCAACACUGCUAGAAACGACAACCAAAG